CCAGCCAAUCAGCGCCCUUCCGCGUUUUCUGUCUUGACUGGGCUGCCUGAGCCUCUGGAUGAGUCCUGUUUCUGGGCUGUUUCCGCUCCUUUUGGGAGCCAUAGUCUCCCCCUUCGGAUGCUCCGCUCAUUCUGGUCGGAGCCAUCGUUUGCACUAUUUCUUCACGGGGGUCUCUGAGCCCGGCGGGGGGCUGCCCCACUUCAGCAUCGUAGGCUACCUGGAUGACGAGCAGUUCGUCCGCUAUGACAGCGAAACGCGGAGGGAUCUGCCGCGGUCCUCCUGGAUCCGGAAAAUGGAGGAGCACGAUGCCCAAUACUGGGACUGGCAGACACAACUCUCCCGGAGCUGGGAGCUCUACUUCCGAGUCAGUCUCUGGACCCGCUUCAACCACAGUCGCGGGCAUCACACCUGGCAGUGGAUGCACGGCUGCGAAGUGAGUGCGGACGGCCGCAAAGGGGGCCUCUCCCAGUUCGGCUACGACGGGAGGGACUUCCUCAGCCUGGACAAGGAGACCCUCACCUGGACGGCCUCCAACCCCAAGGCCCAGGUGACCAAGCGGAAGUGGGAGGCGGACCGCGUUUGGACCCAGGGGCGCAAGACCUUCCUGGAGGAGGACUGCAUCGACUGGCUGCACAAGUACCUCAAUUACGGGAAGGAGACGCUGCUCCGGAAAGAGUCUCCGGUGGUGAAGGUGACGCGAAAGGCCGGCUACGGAGACCUGGAGACCCUUCUGUGUCGGGCCCACGGCUUCUACCCCAAGGAGAUCGAUAUCACCUGGAGGAUGGAGGGGAACGUCAUGGAACAGGAGACCCGCCGCGGGGGUAUUGCUCCCAAUGCUGAUGGCACCUACCACACCUGGCUGAGUAUUGAGGUCGACACCAAGGAUCGGGACCUUUACCGGUGCCAUGUGGAGCAUGAUAGCCUCCCAGAACCUCUGGAUGCAGCGUGGGAGGAGGCCGGUGUCCUAUGGCCCCUCGUGGCCGGCAUCUCAGGCGCCGUGGCUGUUGUCAUCCUCCUUGGGGUCAUCCUCGUCCUCUACCUCAAAAGACGGCACGAGGGAUACAGAGCAACAGCAUUUUCGCUUUCGCUUUGCAAUGCCCGAUGUCGCAACGGUGAGAUCUUUUUUUUCCUAUUGGUGGAAUUUAUUCCCUCCCGACCAAUCGGGUUCGUGGGACUGGGAGGGCGUUGCGGGGCAGACUCUCCGGGUCCAGCCAUGGGCGCCUUUCGGGGGCUGUUUUUCUUCUUCCUCUUCUUCCCGGGGACCCUUGCAGGUUCCUUCUCUCACUCCAUGCGUGGCUUUUACACCGCAACGUGGGAUCCCAGCCAAGCGCAGCCCCAGGUUGCCAUUGUGAUCUAUGUGGACGACCAGCUUGCAACUCAAUACAACAGCAGCACCAGGCAGGCCCUGCCCCAGGUCUACUGGAUGGAGAAGAUGGAUGAGCACAUUCCUUCCUUCUGGGAAGUUAAUACACUCAAAGGACAGAGACUUGAGCUGAGAUUGAAAAAGACACUGGAGAACCUGAAAGAGCGCUCCAACCAAAGCACAGGUUUUCUCACCUUCCAGUUAAUGACCGGUUGUGAGAUAAGGAAAAAUGGCCACAAGGAGGGCUACCACCAGUACAGCUAUAAUGGGAGAGACUUCCUGAGCUUUGACCCAAAGACCCAGACCUGGACGGCUGCUGACCUGGAAGCCCAAAUUACCCAGAGGCAGUGGGAUGGUGACGUGGACUAUUCGCGGCAUGUGAUGUACUACGUGGAGGAGGAAUGCCCAGAGGACCUCCAGAGAUUUGUGGAGUAUGGGAAGGAGUCUCUGCUAAGGAGAGAGACUCCAGUGGUGACCAUUUCUCGCAAAGCUUAUUACGACGGGCUGGAGACCCUCCUCUGCCGAGUUCACGGCUUCUACCCCAAGGAGAUUGAUGUCAACUGGAAGAGGGACGGGGAAGUCUGGGUGCAAGACACCUUCAGUGGUGGGAUCCUCCCCAACGCAGAUGGGACCUACCACACCUGGAUCAGCAUCGAGGUUGAACCCAAAGAGAGGGACCGCUAUCGGUGCCACGUGGAGCACGACAGCCUGGAGGAGCCCCUGGUCUUGGCCUGGGAGGAUCGCGGUUCUGUAUGGCCCCUCGUUGGAGGCGUCCUUGGUGCCGUUGUUGGUGUCCUGCUGGUGGCUGCUGGGAUCAUUCUCUACAAAAAAAAAGGCCAGGAGGCAACUGAGGAAGAGCCUCAAGUGGAAGACCCUCUGAUGAAUGGAUGACAGCAACGCCUUCAGAGAUGCAGACCAUGGAGCACAUUGUCUCCAGGUGUUAUCAAGCCACAGUACCCCACCCCCAAAGAUUUAUAGUUUACCAAGGGCUCAGAAAUAAAUAUAUGAUUUUUUCUUCUUUUCUUUUUAAACCACUAUUUUGGACUUUUACAAGUUCAUAUCUAACCCUUCAAUCAAAUGUAUCUAUUUUCGUGAUUUUCUGUAAUAAGUUGUCCCCUUUGAAUAUAGACUAUAUCUAUUUCUUAUAUAAAAUGUAUAUAAGCUGCUUUAUAAAAUGUAUGAAAGAUGUAGCCCAGAGACAGUCAACACUCUGAGACUCCAGAGAAAUAAUCUUCUGGGAACCAGAAGGCUGGGCAAAUCCCUCUGGCAGUUUCCCAAGCCAGGUAAUCAUCGGUGUGCUGGAAAAAGGGAGCAAAGGAUUAAUUAGAAUCAUAGAAUCAUAGAAUAGUAGAGUUGGAAGAGACCUCAUGGGCCAUCCAGUCCAACCCCCUGCCAAGAAGCAGGAAAUCGCAUUUCCAGACUAUACAAAUAUUUAAUAGGCCAUAACCUAGAAGACAAUAAAAUCAACAAUGAUCAUUUGGGCUAGGGAUCUAGAGAGAGUUAUAGAUCUAGAAACCUGGGAACUACUCUGGAAGAAAGAUUCAAAUUUACAAUAUUGGGGUCAAUUAGGGAAAAUGUAUACAAAAUGUUCUACAGAAGUUAUACAAUACAAUUACAUUAAAUAAAUCUCAACAAGACAGAUGCUGGAGAUGAAACUCAGAAAGGAACCUUCUUCCAUAAGUGGUGGUUAUGUGAGAAUAUUCAAGGAUUUUGGGGCAGUGUAAUUAAGGAAACAAAUAAAAUGUUUGCAAUAAGAUUAAAAAUUCAGGAAUGUGUUUGCGGGGCUUAUUCAAGGAAGGCUUAAAUUGGGAUGAAAAAGAAAUAGCUCAAUACUGUUUGCGGCAGCAAGAAUGAUAAUUGCUAGGAAUUGGAAAGGAGAAAAAGUAAUCACUAAAAAGGAUUGGAGAGAUAAGCUAGUGGAUUACAUGCAAAUUACCAAGAUAUCCUAUAACUUGGCGGGCAAAAACAAUGAAAAGUUCCUAAAGAGAUGGAAACAGGCAAUGGCAUAUCUGGAAUAAGAAUCAAAGAAGUGAAUGAUAAAUAGUCCCAAGAGGAAUUUAUGUGGGUGUCAUGUGUGUUAUAUGUACAGU